UGCUACUCGCUUACAUUUGGUAGAGAUGUGGCUGCAGAUAAAAAACAGCGAAGAUGGCCACAAAUCGAGCCAAAACGUAUCUGUCAUCUGUAAAGUGGACAUUUGCCACAUAAUGUAUUAAGUUUAUAAUUAAACGAGGAGGUUAACUGCGGAAGAACCAAGUUUUGUCAAUCGUUAAUUUUCAAAGCCAGCUUGAGGAGGAAUGAAGAAGGGAGACUUGGAGACUUGUCCCUGUCACAUUUACGGGGCUUGCGGGUAGCUAGUAAGAAAGGAAAUUUACACUUUGCAAAACCGCAAUCGUUCACCAAUCUGUUGUGGGAUUGACUGCGCAAGGAUAAACGUAAAUGCCACUGCUUUGUCAGAGAACUGCAGGAACCGGGAAAGCGGGGGACCGUCACCUUGUAAGGAAAAAAGGGUCCUGAAGAGAUGGGAGUUGCGCUUGUGAGCGCGGGCGCUAAAGAACCGGAGCUAGAAUGUCCGAGAGUAGCUGCUGGUUCUAGUUGCAGCUUCCUCCUGUAAGGCCGGCAGUGUGCUCAUUGUUGGAUGAAACCCUGCUCCAUGUGUUGAACCUAGACCCCUUACCUCCUCCUUCUUCACCUCCUUCAUCCUCCUCCUUUCCUCUCUUCACCUGUUGGCCACAUGCAAGCGAAGAAGAGGUACCUACUAGUGUCCUUUGGAGCCUGUCUUCUACUGCUGUUGUAUUUAUGGGCAUUGCAGACUGCAGAGUUUCAUCCACAGUGGCAACAGUACCACCGUCACCAUCCCAACAAAAUGCACUUUUCCAAUGGGGGUUCGAGCUCUCACAAUCAGCCAAAACACCAUUGGCCUAAGUGGAUUAAAGCCACCUUGAAAACAUACCUGGAAAAAGAGGAGCAGGAUGAGGAUGACUUUCUUCUGCAUGGAUCUCCUCAGAAAGAACAAAGGAUUAGGUCAAUUGUGUACAAAAACAAAAAGUGCCGGAUGGAUACCUGUUUUGACAUGAAACUGUGCCAAAGGAGAGGCUUUAAGGUUUAUAUCUACCCUCUUCAGAAAGGUGAGGUAAUCUCAGAGAGCUAUCAAAAGAUCCUUACAACUAUUGGAGAUUCUAGGUUUUACACUGCUGACCCAAACCAAGCUUGCCUGUAUGUUCUCAGCAUUGACACUCUGGACAGGGAUCAGCUGUCUUUCCAUUAUAUUCACAAUGUGGAAGCAAAGAUUCAGAGUCUCCUACUUUGGAACAAUGGGAGAAACCACUUAAUUUUCAACUUGUACUCUGGCUCUUGGCCAGAAUACACAGAGGAACUUGGUUUUGAUAUUGGGGAGUCAAUUUUAGCAAAAGCAAGUAUUGGUACAAAUAACUUCAGGCCAAACUUUGAUGUGUCCAUUCCUUUAUUUUCUAAAGACCACCCACAGAAAGGAGGUGAAAAGGGUAAAUUGACGUUCAAUAAUGUGCCACCAUUCAGGAAAUUUUUAUUAGUUUUCAAAGGAAAAAGAUACCUAACUGGCAUUGGGUCAGAAACAAGAAAUGCUUUUUAUCAUAUUCAUAAUUCGGAUGACGUGGUAUUAUUAACUACGUGUAAACAUGGAAAGGACUGGGAAAAGCAUAAGGAUUCAAGAUGUGACCGAGAUAAUGACGAGUAUGCAAAGUUUGAAUAUCAAGAACUUUUGUACAACUCAACAUUCUGCCUGGUUCCUAGGGGAAGAAGACUAGGGUCUUUUCGAUUUCUGGAAGCUCUUCAGGCUGCCUGUAUUCCAGUGUUAUUAAGUAAUGGUUGGGAAUUGCCAUUUUCUGAGGUUAUUGAUUGGAACAAAGCAAUUAUUAUUGGAGAUGAAAGAAUUUUGUUGCAGAUUCCUUCAAUAACCAGGUCUAUAGACCAUGACAAAAUAUUGGCACUCAGGCAACAGACUCAGUUCCUGUGGGAUGCUUAUUUUUCUUCAGUAGAAAAAAUUGUUUUAACAACAUUAGAGAUCAUUCAAGAUCGAAUUUAUCACCACAGGUCAAGGAACAAGUUAAUGUGGAAUUCUCUCCCAGGAGGACUCUAUGUACUGCCCCAAUAUUCUACAAAUGCUGCUGAAUUUCCCUUCUAUUAUUCUAUGAUGGGUAAAAGUCCCCACCAAGAGUUCACAGCUGUUAUUCAUGUUGUAACACCAGUAUUGUCACAAUCCCAGCCUGUUGUCAAAUUGCUAAAUGUUGUCACCAGAUCAAAAUAUUGCACUCAGAUUAUAAUGCUGUGGAACUGUGACAAGCCUUUACCUCUAAAGAAUAAAUGGCCCUCCACCCUAGUGCCUAUAAUAUUCAUUGAUGGAGAGAGCAAGGCUAUGAACAGUCGCUUUGUCCCCUAUGGAAUAAUCCAGACAGAUGCAGUGCUUAGUCUGGAUGAAGAUACCGUAUUAUCAACCAAUGAGGUUGAUUUUGCCUUCACUGUCUGGCAAAGUUUCCCUGACCGUAUAGUUGGCUAUCCAGCACGCAGCCAUUACUGGGACAGUAGCAAAGGAAGGUGGAGCUACACUUCCAAAUGGACAAAUGAGUACUCAAUGGUUCUGACAGGAGCUGCUUUUUAUCACAGGUACUAUCAUUUCUUAUACUCCCAUUACUUACCAGCUAGCCUUCACAACAUGGUGGACCAGAUGGCUAACUGUGAAGACAUUCUGAUGAAUUUCCUGGUGUCAGCAGUCACCCAGCUUCCUCCAGUAAAAGUUACACAGAAGAAACAGUAUAAGGAAACUAUGAUGCAGCAAGGCUCCAAGUCUUCACGGUGGGCAGACCCAGAUCACUUCGCUCAGAGACAGACCUGCAUGAACUCAUUUGCCAGUUGGUUUGGAUUUUUGCCUUUGUUGUCUUCCCAGAUGCGACUUGAUCCAGUUCUCUUUAAAGACCAGGUCUCCAUUCUGAGAAAAAAGUACAGAGAUAUUGAGAGACUUUAAGGGGAAUUCAUUUUAAUACCUUUAAAUUAAAUGGAAACAUCACUUUUUUGGACUUACCCAAUUAAAUUGAACCAAAAUAUACAAAUAAUAGUUAAUCAAUAUGUGCACAACAGACCCUUUUGUACUGCAUUCUGCAGUUGCACAUUUUAUUUUGCGGAGAUCACAGUAUUUGAGCCAUGUUUUAGAAGCUAGUGAACACAAGAGUGAUCAAUGUUGUAAAGGCAAAUUCACACACACACACACACCAAUAUUCAUCAAAUCACAGACACAGCCAUUGUACAAUGCCCUUUUCACCUGGAUAUGUAGAACGGGAUUGUUGUUUGUUAAGUUGCUCUCAAGAAUGCUUUGUUUUUCAGGAUUGAAUCUGCAGUAAUAUAAUUUAUUUCAAAUUUC